AUGAGCUUCCACCACAGCGCAGAGGACAUCAGGAUCGAGGACAACCAUAUCUUGGUUGCCCAGCUUAUGGCUGAAGAUGGUGAAAUGCGAGAAUCUUUCAUCGACCUGGACAACUUUAUUGGUAACAACAAUGGUUCCUUCGAGUGGGACGGACAAAACUUCUCAAACAGCGCCUCAGAUGUCAGAUUCGAGAUUGAGGGAGGGGCAGAUGUUCCUGUUCUACGUGCUAUGCUGAUCAACAUAGAGGAUGAGCUAGUCGAUGCGGACAUCAAUCUGGCAGAGCGUAUUGUGAAUGAUAAAGGGGACCUUGUGUUUCAGAAGUUGUGA